AUGAAAUAAUUAUCAAAAUCAAUAAGAUAUGCCUAUUGGAAUACAAUCAAGGACAUCAAUCCACUCUUUGUGGAAGCCUAAUAUGCCGUAAGAGGAUAGGUCCCAUCAAUGGCAGCCACUAUUCAAGAGGAGAUCAAUGCUGGCAAAAAAUACCCUUUUGACUCAAUUACUGAGUUGAAUAUUGGCAAUCCAUAAACAUUUGGUCAAAAACCCAUUACAUUCAACAGAAGUGUUCUUGCUUCAAUGUUGGAUCCAAACAUCUUGAAAUAUCAAUCUGGAGAUGUCCAAAGAAGAGUCAAAUUUUACAAUGACAAGAUCGGAUUCCAAGUGGGUGCAUACAGUCAAUCUCCAGGCUAUCCAGUAAUUAGAGAAGCUGUUGCAAACUUCAUCUAGAAAAGAGAUGCCACCAAAAACAGACCCUCCAUUAAUGAUAUCAUUCUAACCGAUGGUGCAUCAUCAGGCAUUACCUUAAUGUUCAACUUAUUGCUCAAAGAUAAAAAUGAUGGUGUCAUGAUUCCAAUCCCCCAAUAUCCCCUCUAUUCUGCUGUCAUUGCCCAAUGCGGAGCCCACUAAAUACCAUAUUAUUUGGUUGAGGAUAAGAAUUGGUCUGCUGAACAAAAAUAAUUAGAAGAAUAAUAUUCAAAAGCCAAAAGAAAUGGAAUCAAUCCAAGAAUAUUGGUAUGCAUCAAUCCAGGCAAUCCUACAGGAUAAGUGUUUGAUAAAUAGAGCAUUGUGGAAAUGAUCAAAUUCGCUGCAGAUAAGAAGAUUACUAUCUUUGCAGAUGAAGUCUAUUAAGAAAAUAUCUAUGAUCCAAAGAAGAAGUUCAUUUCAUUUAGAAAAGUGGCCAAUGAACUCAAUUUGGAUGUUGAAAUCUAUUCCUUCCAUUCCAUUUCUAAGGGUAUUACUGGAGAAUGUGGUCUGAGAGGAGGAUAUAUGGAAAUCACAUCUAAAAUUGAUUCUGAAGUCCAUUUCCAAAUUCACAAAUCCAAAACAAUUAUGUUAUGUUCAAACACAGUCGGAUAAUUGAUGACAGGAUUGAUGGUCACUCCACCAACUACUGAUGAAGGAUGUUCUGAACCCACAGUUGAAUAAUAUAAUGAGGAAUGCAAAGCACUCUUCACUAGUUUAUAAAGAAGAGCUGGCAUUGUUACUCAAUAUCUUAAUUAAACUAAGGGUGUAUCUUGCUAACCAAUCGAAGGUGCUAUGUAUGCUUUCCCUAGAAUCUUCUUAACAGAUAAAUUCGUGUAGCAUGCUAAAAAAUUAGGCUAUGAACCAGAUGUCUUAUAUUGUUUAGACCUUCUCAAAGAAACUGGAUUAGUUGUUGUACCAGGUUCUGGAUUCUUGCAAUACCCAGGAACCUAUCAUUUCAGAAUGACAAUCUUGAUAUUACCUGAAGAGAAACUCUUAGCCAAAAUGAAGAUAUUCCAAUAAUGGCACGAAAGUUACAUUGCUAAAUUCUAAUGAAUGGUUUUUAUCUUCUAUAAACAAACAAUAAACAAUUAAUAUAUA